ACCAAAUAUAUUUAUAGGCUUGUAUUGAUGUUCCAUUGCAUUGCUGGAAAGCAUUUCUUGUGUUUGUUGUUUUAACUGAGAGAGGUUGCAUUGCAGCAAAAAUUGACAUCAGCUAGAAGGUACUAAAGCAAUGGUGGAUUGGGCGCCCGUUCUUGUAGGCUAUAUGCUGUUCAUACUGCUGUCCCCUGGCCUUCUCUUCCAGCUUCCAGGGAACAACCGAACUGUUGAAUUUGGUAACUUCCAAACAAAUGGCAAAGCCAUUGUGAUCCACACUCUCCUCUUCUUUGGUCUCUUCACUAUCCUCAUUUUGGCCCUGGGCAUCCGCAUCUACGCUGGCUAACCUCCUUUAUUGUUUUGACAUUAUUUUCUUCUUAUUCUUUUAUAUAUAUAUAUAUAUAUAUACAUAUAUAGUUUGAUUGUGUUUCAAUUUAUUGUUCGAGUUCGUUUAUCUUCUUUAUCUUCUGAACUUAGUCGAAACAAAACUACAAAUUAUGUUGUUUUUUUGACUUUCUUUUUUGUUCAUUUUGUAAAAGUUAUCAUUUUAGUAAUCGAAAUUUAUACAUUAUUCA